AUGGUUCGCGUCAUCAUCAAAGGCGGCGUCUGGAAGAACACCGAAGACGAGAUCCUCAAGGCUGCCAUCUCCAAGUACGGCAAGAAUCAAUGGGCGCGCAUCUCGUCCCUCUUGGUGCGCAAGACGCCAAAACAGUGUAAAGCAAGGUGGUACGAAUGGCUCGACCCAUCCAUCAAAAAGACCGAAUGGUCCAAAGAAGAAGAUGAGAAGCUUCUCCACCUCGCCAAGCUCAUGCCUACCCAAUGGCGCACUAUUGCUCCUCUCGUCGGUAGGACAGCCAAUCAAUGUCUCGAGCGCUACCAGAGGCUUCUCGAUGAGGCCGAAGCACAGGAUGAUCAGCCCGGCUCAAGUUCCCUCGGUCUCACGGGAACGGGCGAAGCGGUCCCCAGCGCAGAUGAUGUACGCCGUCUGCGCCCUGGUGAAAUCGAUCCGGAUCCCGAAACCAAGCCUGCCAGACCCGACCCCAUCGACAUGGAUGAAGACGAGAAGGAAAUGCUUUCAGAGGCGCGUGCACGUCUCGCCAACACCCAGGGUAAGAAAGCUAAGCGCAAGGCUCGUGAACGCGCCCUCGAGGAAGCCCGUCGCCUCGCCAUGCUACAGAAGCGCAGAGAACUCAAAGCUGCUGGCAUCACUAUCAAACAAAAGACCAAGAAGGGCGUCAUCGAUUACAAUGCCGAUGUUCCCUUCGAAAAGAAACCGCUUCCUGGCUUCUACGACACGAGCGCAGAGGCUUCCAAAUCCUACAAGGCGCCCGUCGGUAAGACCUUGCAAGAGCUCAAUAGACGAAACGCUGCACCCGAGGACCCCUCCAAGAACAAACGUCAGCGCGAAGCCGAGGAAAAGAACAAGCAAGCCAAAGAAGCCUCGGCAGGUCGAAACGAGGAACAGAUUCGCAAGCUCAAGGAAGCAGACCAAAUCGCCAAACGCCGUAAACUCAACCUGCCCGCGGCGCAAGUCGGCCAGGAUGAACUUGAAGCCAUCGUCAAAAUCGGUCAAGCAGGUGAAAGAGCACGCUCUCUGGUCGAAGUUGGCUCCAGCGAUGCAACUCAUGGCUUGCUCGAAAAAUACUCGGCGCUCGAUUCGGCGCAAAGCGCACGCACCCAGCAGGUGGCAGCGCACGAGGAUUCCGUCAUGAGAGAGGCCAGGAACCUUCGCCUCAUGUCCUCAGCCCAGACUCCGCUGUUGGGCGAUGCCAAUGUGGAUUUGCACUCUUCGCAGACAUCUACUGCUCAAACGCCCGGAUCGUACGUACCCCAAACACCCAAUCCGCUCUUGGUGGACUCGGAGAGGGAAACGCGAUCGCAAGCAGGCACCAGUACACCUCAAAGGACGCCGUUGCGCGAUAACCUAGGUCUCAACGUCGAAGACAGACUUCAAUCCGGCUACGAGACGCCAAGGGAUCUUAAGAGGGCGCGCACCUUAGCCCAGUCUCAGCUCAGGCAGAGUCUGUCCUCGUUGCCAGCCCCAAAGAAUGACUUCGAUAUUGUGGUGGACGAGCAAGAUGAUGAGCCUCAGGCGAGCUCGAGCAGGCUGCCAGACGGCGCGCUCAUCAGCGAGGAGGAUGCAGCAGAGCGUGACGCUCGACUUGCGCGGCAGGAAGCGGAGGAGCAGGCUAAAGCAGAGGCACGACGCAACCAAGUUGUGCGCCGCAAUCUGCCACGACCCGCCGGGGUGGACCUGGCACGAUUGAGCGAGUACAUCGAAUCCAGGUACCACGAUCGCGUCGAGCUGCUCGUUGCUCGUGAGACAGCAAAGCUUCUGCAUCACGAUGCCAACGUGCACCCGAUCGCUGGAGGCAACCAUCCUGAGCCCGAAUCGGUGCAACUCGAUCCCCUGUCGGACGCGUCGAUGGCUGCUGCUCGAGAGUUGAUGCGCGCAGAGUUGGCCGAGCAGUUUGGCUUUCCAGGCGCCAACCAUGAAGCGCUGCAACGACUCGUGGGUGCUUCGCUCGAUGACGACGAGGAGGCCAUGGACAAGCUUGAAGCCGCGCUCAGGCAGCGAUGGGUCGAAGCACGAAAGGACAAGGCGGGACUGGUCGAGGAAUUGGCAUCCGCACGGGCGAGGAUGGCUGAAGCAGCGUCGCAGGCGUCGAAAGGCGAAAAGACGCUGUUAAAAGUGCUAGGUGGCUACAAGGCUAGGAGUGAGGCGCUCUCGGCGUCGGUCAAGGAGCAACACAAGGCGUUAGAAGAAGCUGCCAUCUCGCGCGAGACGUUUGAGCGUCUGCUUCGCGAAGAGCAGGGUGGCAAGGCCGAACGACUCGACUCGCUGCGCAAGGAGGUGGAGCGUCUUGCGAGCCGCGAAGGGCUGGCGCAAUCCGCCUACAAGGCGCUGGAAGACGAGAAGACAGUUCUGCAGGAAUCAUGCGAGACGCUCGAGAUGGAACUCAACAUGCGCCAGGCUGAGGCUCUCAACGAGGCCGCGCUAGCAUGA